UUACCGUAUAAAUCAGGAAGGCGCGUUGCUGGUCCUGAGACUUCUGCAGAGGAGGAAAUGUGUGAGAUUCUUGUAGCUUUAUGAAUCAGUGCACUGUGCAGGUAUGAGGUCCUCCCUGCUGGCACAGCUUCUCCUCCUCCUGUUGCUCCUGGCAGCAGGGAGAGACGUCUCCGGGGAGACGACAGACAGGAAGCCCAACAUCGUCCUGAUGAUGGUGGACGACCUCGGCAUCGGGGAUAUAGGCUGCUACGGUAAUGACACCAUAAGGACUCCUCACAUCGACCGACUGGCUUCUGAAGGGGUGAAGCUGACUCAGCACAUUGCAGCUGCUCCUCUCUGCACGCCGAGUCGGGCCGCGUUCAUGACGGGGCGGUACGCCUUCCGCUCAGGCCUGGGCAGCACAGGCCGUGUGCAGGUGCUGCUGUUCCUGGGGGGUUCAGGGGGGCUGCCGCCCACUGAGACCACCUUUGCUAAGAGGCUGCAGCAGCAAGGAUACACCACCGGCCUCGUGGGAAAGUGGCACUUGGGUGUGAACUGUGAACACAGAGGAGACCACUGCCACCAUCCCAACCAGCACGGCUUCAGCUACUUCUACGGUCUGCCCUUCACCCUGUUCAAUGACUGUGUGCCCGGACACGGCAGUGAUGUCAUGGCAGAUCUCCAGCACACACUUGGCAAUCUGAGCGUGUUGCUGGUAGUUGCACUUUUCACUCUGGUGUGUGUCCGUGUGUGUGGCCUGCUUGAAGUCAGCCUGUGGCUGUUGGCAGGCCUGUUUUCUCUCUGUAUGAUAGCAGUGGCUGUGUGGUUUAUUCCCUUUAAACUCCUGCCGACUUGGAACUGCAUCAUCAUGAGGAACCAAGACGUGAUCGAACAGCCGAUGGCGGUGGAGACGCUGCCCCAGAGGCUGCUGGGAGAAGCACAAAACUUUAUCAAGAGGAACGCUGAUCAUCCAUUCCUCCUCCUCUUCUCGUUGGCCCACAUACACACUCCUCUCUUUGAAAACCCCGCCUUUGCUGGGAAAAGUCUCCACGGUCGAUACGGUGACAACCUAGAAGAAGUGGACUGGAUGAUCGGUAAAAUCACAGAGACGGUGGACUCCCUCGGCCUCGCCAGCAACACUCUGAUGUACUUUACAUCCGACCACGGCGGACAUCUAGAGGACGGCGACUCCAUCGUGGGACAGAAAGGAGGCUGGAACGGCAUCUAUAAAGGUGGGAAGGCUAUGGGGGGCUGGGAGGGGGGGAUCAGGGUGCCUGGGAUUUUCCGCUGGCCCGGCAGACUGGCUGCUGGGAGGGUGGUGGACGAACCCACCAGCCUCAUGGACCUGUACCCAACACUGAAAUAUCUGGCCCAGGACACACAGCCAGACAGACAGUCAGAUGGCUUUAACCUCAUGCCGCUGUUGGAGGGGAAGGCAGAGCGGUCAGAGCAUGAAUUCAUGUUUCAUUACUGUGGAAUCUACCUGAACGCAGCACGCUGGCACCCACCUGGAAGUGACUCCAUCUUUAAGGUGCAUUUUUUCACUCCCAACUUCUCUCCUCCUGGAGCCGGUGGAUGCUACGACACCAAGGUCUGUCUGUGUCACGGGGAACAUGUGACGCAUCACAGCCCGCCGCUGCUCUACGACCUCUUCCACGACCCCUCAGAGUCCCGCCCCCUGACUCCUGACACUGAGCCACGAUACGCUGAAAUACUCCAACAGACCGCCGAAGCUGUCGAGAGGCAUCAGCGUAACCAGACCAACAACCUGCUGUCUGACGAUCCUCAGUCACACCUCGCUGCAGAAACACGUGGCGUUCAAAGCCAGAUGACGUGGGACAAGAUCCUGUGGAGACCCUGGCUGCAGCCCUGCUGCGGGACUUUUCCAUUCUGCGGCUGCAAAGAGGACACAACACAUAUUUAAUGGACAAACUCAGCAGGCGGACAGGUUGGUGAAGCUCCUCAUGACUCCACAGCAACGUUUCACUAGACUUCAAAAUACACGGUCGCCCAUAAAGUUAGAAUAAAAUAUUUUUUACCUCUUUUCAUGAAAUGAUUGUGACAAUAUGAGUGUUGGAAGAAGUAUUCACAUCUCUUACCUAAGUAAAAGUACUAAUACUACACUGUGAAAUGACUCCAGUACAAGUAAAAGUAGCAGCAUUUAAUUACUUAAUAUACUGUUAUGAGGUUUCAUUUUUUUUUAAAUGUCUCAUGACUUUAAAUGUGUCAUGUUUUUUAUGUUAAAUCUUUACUUGAACGUGAGUAAAGCUGUCAGCUAAAUGUAGUGGAAUAAAAAGUAAAAUAUCUGCCUUAAAAUGUAGUGGAGUAGAAGUAUAAAUUUACAAAUAUGGAAAUACUCAGGUAAAGUACAAGUGCCUAAAAGUUGUACUUAAGUACAGUACUUGAGUAAAUGUACUUAGUUACUCUCCACCACUACAGAUAAAGUGUAUAUC